AUGGAUUCCACACUCCCGGAGAGAGGUAUUUCCUCUCGCUCUUCAGAAUCUCCAGCUGCAGCUGCAGCUUCAAGACCGAAAGUCCAACAGCCGAAACCUCAAGCUCUCUCCAACCGCCCUGGUACUUCCGCGAUCCUGGUAUCCACGCGACAAAAGGGCAACCCAAUCUUGACCCACAUAAAGCUUUUACCCUGGGAGUAUGCCGAUAUUCCCGCAGACUAUGUAGUCGGCACCACAACGUGCGCAAUGUUUCUCUCCUUGAAAUACCAUCGCCUACACCCUGAAUAUAUCUACUCUCGAGUGAAACAACUGGCAGGCAAGUACAACCUCCGGCUUGUACUGGUAAUGGUCGACAUACAAGACCACGAAGAUAGUCUCAAGGAGCUGUCCAAAACAUCUAUUAUCAACAAUCUGACCUUGAUAUUGUGUUGGUCUGCACCAGAGGCUGCGCAUUAUCUCGAGCUCUUCAAGUCCUCAGAGAACGCACAGCCCACCGCCAUUCGAGCCCAGCAGGCCCAAACCUACAAGGAGUCGCUGGUGGAAUUUGUCACAGUUCCCAGGAGUAUCAACAAGUCUGACGCCGCGAGUUUGAUAUCCACCUUCGGCAGCUUGCAAAAUGCUAUCAAUGCACAACCAGAGCUAAUUAGCGCCGUGCCCGGUUGGGGGGAGAAAAAGGUCCAGCAAUGGUGUCACACAGUUCGAGAAGAUUUCAGAGUCGAGAGCACGAAGAGGGUUUCUGUUCCUGUCACACAACGCCGGGCUCAACUAUCAGCCGUGAAAGUGUAUGAUAGAAACAAUCAAAAUACAGAUGAAGAGGAUGAAGAAGAGGCAAUUCUUCGUGAAGUUCUAGCGGAAAGCAAAAAGACAGCUGCUGCAGAAGCUGCGCGGCUGACUGAGCCUCAGGCUGGAGGUCAACCAAGUGAAGAGAUGAGUGAAGGUAUCGCAGCGGCACUUGCUAGACUCAGAGACAAUGCUGGCUGA